CUGAGGGGCAGACGGCGGGAGAGCUGUACCAGCGCUGGGAGCGGUACCGUAGGGAGUGCCAGGAGACACUGGAGGCCUCGGAGCCCCCAGCAGGCCUCGCCUGUAACGGGUCCUUCGAUAUGUACGUCUGCUGGGACUACACUGCACCCAACGCCACUGCCCGUGCGUCCUGCCCUUGGUAUCUGCCCUGGCACGGCCACGUGGCUAAAGGCUUUGUCUUCCGCCAAUGUGGCAGUGAUGGCCAAUGGGGACCUUGGAGAGACCAUUCUCAGUGUGAAAACCCAGAGAAAAAUGGGGUUUUUCAGGACCAAAGGCUGACCUUGGAACGGCUGCAGGUUGUGUACACCGUGGGCUACUCCCUGUCCCUUGCCACACUGCUGUUCGCCUUGCUCAUCUUGAGCACCUUCAGGCGGCUGCGCUGCACUCGAAACUACAUUCACAUCAACCUGUUCACGUCUUUCAUGCUGCGGGCAGCUGCCAUCCUUACCCGAGACCGUUUGCUUCCUCCCCCUGGCCCCUACCCUGGGGAUCAGGUCCUUACCUUGUGGAACCAGGCCCUAGCUGCCUGUCGCACGGCCCAGAUCGUGACCCAGUACUGCGUGGGUGCCAACUACACGUGGCUGCUGGUGGAAGGCAUCUACCUGCACAGUCUCCUCGUGCUUGUGGGAGGCUCCGAGGAGGGCCACUUCCGCUGCUACAUGCUCCUCGGCUGGGGGGCCCCCACGCUUUUCGUCAUUCCUUGGGUGAUCGUCAGGUACCUGUUCGAGAACACGCAGUGCUGGGAGCGGAACGAUAUCAAAGCCAUUUGGUGGAUCAUACGAACCCCUAUUCUCCUAACAAUCUUGAUUAAUUUUCUCAUCUUUAUCCGCAUCCUUGGCAUCCUCGUGUCAAAGCUGAGGACGCGACAGAUGCGCUGCCCGGACUACCGACUGAGGCUGGCUCGCUCCACGCUGACGCUGGUGCCCCUGCUGGGCGUCCACGAGGUGGUGUUUGCUCCCGUGACUGAAGAACAGGCCCGGGGUGCCCUGCGCUUGGCCAAGCUCGGCUUUGAGAUCUUCCUCAGUUCUUUCCAGGGCUUCCUGGUCAGCGUCCUCUACUGCUUCAUCAACAAGGAGGUGCAGUCGGAGAUCCGCCGGGGCUGGCACCGCUGCCGCCUGCGCCACAGCCUCGGCGAGGAGCCGCGCCAGCGCCGCGAGCCCGCCUUCCGGACCCUGCCCUCCGGCUCCGGCCCGGGCCAGGUCGCCGCUGGCCGCGCUCUGUGCUCGAGGACCCUCCCAGGUCCUGGGGGUGAGGCCAACCACGUCUUAGAAAGUUACUGCUAGGCAGCGGGAUUCUUGGGUCUAUUCUGUUAGCAUGUAUUUAUUGAGCACCUGC